AUGGGUCUACAAGUGAUUGUUGUUGGUGCAGGCUUGGCUGGCCUCGCAGCUGCAAUUGCUCUUCAUCGUGCGGGCCACGACGUGAAGGUUAUCGAACAAUCGGGCUUCCACAACGAAGUGGGAGCUGCGAUUCACGUCGCCCCCAAUGCUACCCGCGUUUUGAAGGACCUUGGCUGUGAUUUCAAUAGCCUCCAUCCCGUUCAAUGCAAUCGCUUGCAAGUCUGGAGCCCGAAUGCCGAGCUUCUCUGGACCCCCGUGGUUACAGAAGACCUACAGAAGUCGCUCGGGACUACCGAUGAGUGGGUUCUUACCCAUCGCGUCGACCUUCACAACACUUUGCGUGAAGCCGCCGCUCAAACAGACGCUGAGGCUGGUACCAUCACACUCGAGAAUGGGACUGUAUACACAGGCGAUCUGAUUGUCGGAGCCGAUGGAAUCCAUUCUCGAGCUGUGAAAGCAAUUGUGGGUGAAACGCAAGGAAAGGAGAGCACCGGCCAGAACUGCUUCCGAUUCCUCGUUCCGGUGGCAAAGGCACAGGCCAAUCCGUUGACAGCUGCACUCCUGGCGAAGACUGGGCUAGAUGGCGUUCACGCCAUCACCGCUCCGGAUCGCCGCCUGGUUGUCUACCCUUGUCGUUCCGGCGAACUUCUUAACAUUGUGGCAAUUCAUCCAGCGGAAACUGAGGAGCCGAAGGAAGCUUCUUGGUUGGAAUCCGGUAAUCUCGACCACCUGGUCGAAACGUACUCGUCCUUUGGCCCCGAGUGUCAAGAGCUUUGUCGCAUGGCUGAGGAUCUUAAGCUUUGGAGCUUAGCGUCGCGCACUCCGCCGCAGACUUUCUUCAAGGGCAAACUUGCCUUGGUCGGCGAUGCAGCGCAUCCGACACUUCCGCACCAGGGUCAAGGCGGCGCGCAGGCGUUUGAGGACGGGGCCGCUUUGGGUGGUGUGUUUCCAGCAGAUACCACACCUGAUCAAGUGCCCCAGCGCUUGGCGUUGUAUAAUCAGGUCCGCUACGACCGAGCAGUGACUGUGAUGAUGAUGUCGAAAACCCAUGAUGAGCGACGAGCGGAGAUGCUGGCCGAGCUCCGAGAAUACGUCCCUAAUGCGGAGUUACCCGCAAACAUGUUUUCAUUCACCUGGCCAUCCCGCCCCGCUGAGGAUGCCAGGCGUCUGCUGGCCGAGCAAACUGUCUAG